AUGACAGGAGAAAUGCCUCAGGGUUUAGGGAAGUUGUCAAAUCUUACAUAUCUAGUUUUUAGUGACAACAAAAUGUCAAGAAGAAUCCCGAAUGAUCUCUUCAGUUGUUCAAGUCAUGUGAUAUUAUAUAUGACACAUAACAAUUUCAGUGGGUUGUUAAAACCGGGUAUUGGAAGACUUUCUAAUCUCAAAAUUCUGCAAAUUCAUGGCAAUUCGUUUUCCGGGCCCCUCCCAGGUGAAAUCGGAAACCUAACUAGUUUGAUGUUGUUAAACUUGGGGCAAAACCAAUUUUCGGGUACCAUUCCUGUAGGAUUUUCAAACAUUUCCUCCCUUCAAAAUCUUUUGCUUGGUAACAAUAAUCUUAAAGGAGAGAUUCCAGAUGAAAUCUUUGAGCUCAAACAGCUUACAGAACUUUACUUGACGAACAAUAAAUUUGUGGGUUCUAUUCUGAAUUCUCUUUCAAAGCUAGAGCAGCUUUCUAGGUUGGAUCUAAGUGGAAACAGGUUUAACAGAUCAAUCCUUGAUAAUUUAGGAAAACUUAACAAGUUGAUUUCGAUAGACCUCUCACACAACUUGCUCACAAGGUCGAUUUCAGGGUCAGUGAUUGCAGGUAUGAAAAAUACACCGGUGACCAUUUCAACGAAUUCAUAG